AUGGAACCACAAGGUCACUGGUGUAGGCUAUUAGGCCCACUCCUACUGCCACCCUUCUCCCACUCUCCCCAGUCACAUACAAUAUAUUCUGCAGUGAUAUUUUGUCACUUUAAUGAUAGAUGGUCACUCAAGCAUUUUUAUGGCCAUUUAAGAUUUCACCCCUCUCUAUCCCCUGCCCUGGAUGGACAGAGACCCCCCCCCACCCAGACGCUGUCCAUCUGUCACUGUUUCCGGUGGUGAGGAGGGUGAGCCUGAGUAGGCUAAUCCACAGCACGCCUCGAGGGAAGCCCUACCGGUUUAAACCUGCACGCAGGGAGUAAGGGAAGGAGGGAGGGGGGAUAACGAGUGUAAUUUCGGUCUAAGAAGAUUAGUCAAUGUCAUUAGCCCGUUGGAGGCACUUCGGCUGCCCUGGUGGUCUCCACACCACUAGUGCAGAGCAGGGAGACAGGUAGAUACACAGGUGGCUCGAGGAGGCAGGAAAGGCACUCUUUCUCCUCACCUCAGGAUGAUUUAUUUUACUGUGAGCCUCAUGGAGGUGGCGAGGAUACUGGCGAUACACCGGCAGCAGGUAUACCAGAUUUGACGGUUCAUGUUUUUACCAGGGGGGGGGCGUGAGAUCAGAUAGGAGCCAUGAAGACGCGGCCCACGGGUAUUGGUGCCUCCAACGCCAACUGGAUGAGCUCACUCUCCCCCAAGCUCACAGCUAUGCCCCUGAAGCACCUUGCAGUGCCCGGUAAGCGUGUGUGUGUUAUGUAAAUACAAAAUUAAUUUUUUAUUUACAGUGCCUUCAGAAAGUAUUCACACCCCUUGACGUUUUCCACAUUUUGUUGUGUUACAAAGUUGGAUUAAAAUUGAUUGAAUUGUCCUUUUUUGUCAAUGAUCUACACAAAAUACUGGGGGGAAAAUCACCGUUGGCUGCGAUUACAGCUGUGAGUCUUUCUGGGUAAGUCUCUAAGAGCUUUGCACACCUGAAUUGUACAAAUCUGCACAUUAUUAUUUUAAAGAUUCUUCAAGUUCUAUCAAGUUGGUUGUUGAUCAAUACUAGACAGUCUUGCCAUAGAUUUUCAAAACUGUAACUAGAACACUAAGGAACAUUCAUUGUCUUCUUGGUAAGCAACUCCAGUGUAUAUGUGGCCUUGUGUUUUAGGUUAUUGUCCUGUUGAAAGGUGAAUUUGUCUCCCAGUGUCUGUUGGAAAGCAGACUGAACCAGGUUUUCCUCUAGGAUUUUGCCUGGUAUUUGUGAUAUAAUGAAAUUCACUGCUCGACUGAGAGACCUUACAGAUAAUUGUAUGUGUUGGGUACAGAGAUGAGGUAGUCAUUCAAAAAUCAUGUUAAACACUAUUAUUGCACACAGUGAGUCCAUGCAACUUAUUAUGUGACUUGUUAAGCAAAUAUUUACUCCUGAACUUAUUUAGGCUUGCCAAUAACAAAGGGGUUGAAUACUUAUUGACUCAAGACAUUUAAGUCUUUCAUUUUUUAUAAAUUUGUAAACAUUUCCUAAAACAUAAUUCCACUUUGACAUUAUUGUCACGAUCGUCGACUGAAGACAUGGACCAAGGCGCAGCGUGAUAAGCGUACAUACUUUAAUUGUACUUACACUAACAAAAACAACAAACAAACGAUACGUGAAGUCCUAGGUUAUUCACAACAAACCAAACGGAACAAGAUCCCACAAAUACUAGUGCAACACAGGCUGCCUAAGUAUGGGCCCCAAUCAGAGACAACGAGCUACAGCUGCCUCUGAUUGGGAACCACCCUGGCCAACAUAGAUCUAAACGAUCUAGAACGAAAACAUAGAAAAACUAAACAAAGCAAAUCCACACCCUGGCUCAACAUUUAAGAGUCCCCAGAACCAGGGCGUGACAAUUAUGGGUGUGGGCCAGAGACACAAAAAUCAAUUUAAUCAAUUUUUAAUUCAGGAUCUAACACAUCAAAAUGUGGAAAAAGUCAAGGGGUGUGAAUAAUUUCUCAAGGCACUUUACAUGUGUGUGUUGUAGAGGUAUCAUAUGUCGGUCGACAUGAGGCGUAUAAUGAUGACUGUUGGCUCUGACUUGGUUUAUGACCUCCCACUGGUAAAGUCUAUCUGGGGUUAUAUGGUUUUAACAGCAAAGCCACACUUUAGCUAAAUGAAGUUUCACCUCUGUCUGAGAACAGCUUAGGCUACUGUUGGGCUAGAGAGGAAAAGACUGAUGUUGCACCUGUGGGUCUGGGGAACUGGGGUGUGACUGAAUUGCCGUGUGACGUGUGUGUGAGACUGAUGUGGCGUGCAUGUGUUUGUUUUGUUUACAACGUAGCAAGGCUAGCCUAAUGGAUUCAGAGAGGGUUCUUGGUGUUAAUCUGUAUUACCUGGAUGUGACCUGAGUUUGUGUGUUUGAGGGAGAGAGAGAGAGGGAGAGAGGGAGAGAGAGUGCACAAGAGUAGAUGGUCAGCCUACUCAUAAGAUCGACAGAAGGACCUUCACUUUCCUUUUCCAGAGUGAAAAGGCAUAUAUUUCUCUAUCUCACUUGAUCUGUCUCUUUCCCUCCCCUCCCUCUCUCCCAUCUUCCUCCCUCUCUCCCCUCCUCAUCCCUCUCUCUCAGGUUCCCAUGACUCGUUUAGUUUCUGGGUAGAUGAGAAGGCCCCGGUGGGUCCUGACCAGAAGGCCAUAGUCAAAUACCUGGCCACAGCCUUCCGUUUCGUUUCCAAGAAAGUCAUGAAGAAGUGGUCCAUGACACAGGUGAGGGUUCAACUGCUUCAGAUGAUUAACCAAUACUCUCAUGAAAAGAUGGGAUCCUCAGUCUUUGUCAAUAUAUGACUUUUAUCACCACCAGAACCUGACGUUUAAGGAGCAGCUGGAUGCAGGGAUUCGUUACUUUGACCUGCGUGUGUCAUCCAAACCUAGAGAGUCUGGUACUGAGAUCUACUUCAUCCAUGGCCUGUUCGGACACAAGGUGGGUGUACUGACCCCAUACCCAGACACCUAGAAGAUCAAUAAACAUGUUAUUAUAUGAAAACCUACAACAACAAAAAACCUAGUAAAUGUCGGCUCCUGCUAUUGACUUAUCUCCCUCUCCCCCUCUCUCUCUCUUUCUCGCUCUCUCUCUCUCAGGUGCGUGACGGUCUGUUGGACAUUAACUCUUUCCUGGACGCCCAUGGUAAGGAGAUGGUGUUCCUGGACUUUAACCAUCACUAUGCCAUGGGGAUGGAGCAUCACGCCUACCUCAUCAACAUGCUCCAGGAAGUGUUCGGAAGUAAACUCUGCAAGAUCAGCGUUGUCGAGGAUAUCACCCUGGACUACCUCUGGAAGAACAACUACCAGGUGAGACAGACAGGGUGAGGUCAGAAAGUGUGGAGUUCAUUUCUGAAAACUCCUCCACGUCCUCCACUUACAGAUCUAAUUGAACCUCUGCUAGUAAGACCCAGUCAUCUAUAAGUUGAGUGUGUGCGACACCUUAGAGAAUUAGCGGAGUCAGGAUUUCAGUAGAAGCUAAAGUGGAUUGCUUACUAAAUGCUGCUGCAGCUAUUUCAACCUGUCAAUCAGGGAUCUCAUCUCACAGACAUUGAUUCUCUCUCUUUCUCUCUCUCUCACACGCACAGUUAUUUCUGUCUGUAAGCUGCCAGUGUGAGUCUUAGUGGAUGACAGAAGAUUAAGUCAGGAGGCAGUUGGUGUGUGUGGACUGGAGUAUGUUACAGUGACUAUACUUGAUCUGUGUGCUUUGGUGUUUGAGCGUGUUGUUGGGAAAGAGUAGUGUUGGUGUCUGUAUCCCACUUUGUGUGUGUGGGCUGGGGGGGGGGGGGGGGGGGGGGGGGAGAGGUGGAGGAGUAGGAGUAGUGGUGGCUAUUCAGCAUGAUAAAUGUGACUCGUUGCAGGUAACUAGGCGUAUGUCACACAUCACUACUUCACAGGAGAGGCAUUUCAACGUAAAACCAUUUUUAAAAUCAAUGUGUUUUUUGGCAGAAAUGCCUUCAGGAACAUGUGAACUUUCAUGUGCCUUAAUAACUAAAUUGGAUGCCAUCUGUAAAUACGAAUACAAUUGUUAAAUAACGAGCCUAGUUGGUUUAGCCACGGAAAACUGAGAUUUUGGCUGAGAUAAUGGAUGGGGUGGACAUGCCGAGAGAGGAGUUCAGAUUGGUCUGCUAUGUAGCACGCUUCUGUCUAUAACAUGAGCUGCAGCAUGUGUAGGUAAUCCUUUCUCAUUUUUAAAAGAUUUCACGAAGCACUGCAAAAGUGUUGCUAAGGCUCUCCAAUUGCUGGAGGAUCGAGUUUUGAAAUCAGUGGAAUGCCCGGUGGAAGUAGAGUAUGAUAGCUAAGGAGAUGGAGAAAAUUCUGGCAUUUGAUUGUAAAUGCAGAGGUCGUCGAAAAGAGAACAAAGAAGUCUGUUGUAUAAAACACCUGUUUCCAGAUUACAUCUUCAAACUAAGGGCAACCAUGGCAUCUGUGACAGAGAGGGAGAAUCUAUGGAUUUCACAUGACUGGGGAGGGGCGCAGCCAUGGGUAGGCCUGGGAGGGCAUAGGCCCACCCACUUGGGAGCCAGGUCCACCCACUGCCCACUGUAGAGCCAGGCCCAGCCAAUCAGAAUGAGAUUUUCCCCACAAAAGGACUUUAUUACAGACAGCAAUCCUCCUCAGCACCCCCUCCCCCCUCCCCCCUCUGACGAUCCCACAGGUGAAGAAGCCGGAUGUGGAGGUCCUGGGCUGGAGUGGUUACACGUGGUCUGCGGUUGUGAGGCCGGUUGGACGUACUGCCAAAUUCUCUAAACCGACGUUGGAGAUGGCUUAUGGUCAAGAAAUUAACAUUACAUUCUUUGGAAACAGCUCUAGUGCACAUUCCUGCAGUCAGCAUGCCAAUUACACGCUCCCUCAAAACUUGAGACAUCUGUGGCAUUGUGUUGUGUGACAAAACGGCACAUUUUAGAGUGGCCUUUUAUUGUCCCCAGCACAAGGUGCACCUGUGUAAUGAUCAUGCUGUUUAUCAGCUUCUUGACAUGCCACACCUGUCAGGUGGAUGGAUUAUCUUGACAAAGGAUAACAUGUUCACUAACUGUGAUAUAAACAAAUUUGUGCACAACAUUUGAGAGAAAUAAGCUUUUUGUGCGUAUGGAAAAUUUCUGGGAUCUUUUAUUUCAGCUCAUGAAAUAUGGGACCAGCACUUUACAUGUUUUGUUUAUAUUUUUGGUCAGUGUAGUUGGUUAGCUUUAGCUACCUGUAGAUUCAUGCAGCGUAGUAACGUUAUGAGUUGGGAUUAUGGUUCAUUGUUUAGCUAUCUAGCUAGCUACAUGUCUAAACAAAAGACUCCACUAUGCAAGUAACCAUUUCACUGUACCGUUUACACCUUCUGUAUCCUGUGCAUGUGACAAAUAAACUUAGAUUUUAUUUGAUAUAGUGUGUGUUUACCAGAGACGGUAAUGUGAAGAACAACAUGACCUGCACCAAAGUCAAAUUAGGAUAUAAAGUUAGGCCAACAUGACGGUGUCCAAGUUCUAAAAUUCUCCGGUAGAAUGCCCUGCUUUUAUCUUGUCACACUCACAACCGUAAGGUAUUUUCUGUAAUUAGCUCGCCAUUAACUUGUAAAUAAUGAUCUUGUUGUAAGUUUAUUUUCCUUUAAUAGUGAAUACAAAUUAGCUAAAGUUAAGACGUUGUCAGCUAUUUGAUAUGGUCAUUAUUUGAACUGGCUGGCCAGCUAACUUAACGUUAGCUAGCUAGCUAACAAGCUAGAAACGAACCAAAACAUUGUUUAGAAAGUUGCUUUUAGUUGCCUGGUUUGCUAGAUUGACAUAGAGUAAAUUAAUUUUUAAACGAAUACACCAGUUAUGCUAUUUUGGACCACCAGGCUGCUGUCGUUUUUGUGUUUAUAAUUUUUCAUAACGACAACAACAAGUUUAAUGUUGGACGACAAUAGAAUGUUCAUGAUGUCACUGCGACAACUGUAUAGAGACAUGUCGAUAGACGUAGUAUAAACCAGCCUUUAGUCUUUGGUUGUUUAGUACACUACUGUACUCACUGUUUAGCACAUGGCCUCACAUGUGAAUUCUUAACGAGAUGGCUGGGGCUAAGCUUAAGAGGGUGUGAACGAUGCUGAAUGGGUGUAGACAAAGAGCUCUCCAGUAGGUACCAACAUUCAAGGACCAUUUUCUCAAAAGUGGGGUUACAAGUUGAUCAACUUUCAAAGCAGAAUUACUUUCCCAUUGUUCCUCAGCUGUAGUGUAUGAUAUAUCAUUUUCUAUCUCUGAGUCUCUACAGUUGUGGUCAAAAGUUUUGAGAAUGGCACAAAUACUAAUUUUCACAAAGUCUGCUGCCUCAGUUUUGAUGAUGGCAAUUUGCAUAUACUCCAGAAUGUCAUGAAGAGUGAUCAGAUGAAUUGCAAUUAAUUGCAAAGUCCCUCUUUGCCAUGAAAAUGAACUUAAUCCCCCAAAAAACAUUUCCACUGCAUUUCAGCCCUGCCACAAAAGGACCAGCUGCCAUCAUGUCAGUGAUUCUCUCAUUAACAUAGGUGAGAGUGUUGACGAGGACAAGGCUGGAGAUCACUCUGUCAUGCUGAUUGAGUUAGAAUAACAGACUGGAAGCUUUAAAAGGAGGGUGGUGCUUGAAAUCAUUGUUCUUCCUCUGUUAACCAUGGUUACCUGCAAGGAAACACGUGCCGUCAUCAUUGCUUUGCACAAAAAGGCCUUUACAGGCAAGGAUAUUGCUGCUAGUAAGAUUGCACCUAAAUCAACCAUUUAUCGGAUCAUCAACAACUUCAAGGAGAGAGGUUCAAUUGUUGUGAAGAAGGCGUCAGCAGUGGUCCAGCAUAGAAUCUCUGGACAGUCAAUGUGUUUCUAUUAAUUCAGGAGCACGGUUCUCAACUUACUUUUCUUAAAGUCCCCCGCGACAAUUAACGCUGCCUCCAGGUACGCGGUCUCCAGCUUGUCCAGGGUCCAAUGAAUAUCUUUGAGAGCAUUUUUGGUGUCGUCUUGGGGCUGGAUGUACACAACCGUGGCGAUAAUCCCUGAGAACUCUCUCUGAAGGUAAAAAAGGCAUCAUUUGAUGACCAAGUAUUCCAAGUCGGGAGAGCAAAAGCUCGUAAAUUCCUGUACGUUUUCCCGUCGCACCACUUGUUAUUGCUCAUAAAGCAGAACCCUCCGCCUUUGUUCUUGUGUGUGUGUGUGUCUGCGUGCGUGUGCUUGUUUUUCUCCAGAAAUGUUUCUCAUUUAGAGAUGUGGUCAGGUGAGUUUCUAUCUUCUGUGACCCUAAUCUAGAUUCUAGAGCCAGAUUACCUGGCAGGUGACAGAUGUGUAGUAAUCAGACAGGCGAGGAGACCGGUACAAUAAGUGAGUCAUAAUUAUGAGUUAGCAGAUAGACAGAUUAGGGGUUAAAGUGUAAAACGAAAUGUUCUGAGAGUGAGUCUCAGUCUUGUGUGUCCCAGGUCAUAGUAUUCUACCACCACCCGUCAGCUGAGGGCUGUCCAUUGAUAUGGCCAGGCAACAAGUGUCCAGCUCCUUGGGCUAACACUACAGACACCACCAAACUCUUUCAGGUCAGUCUGUGUGUGUGUGUUUCGUAGUGGAUGAGAUGAGGUGAUAAAUCUAAUUUAAAAUACUAUAUAAAUCCAACUGAUGAUGAUGAUGAUGAUUACUAUUUUAUUCUAGUUCCUGGAGACGACACUAGGUGAGAGGGCUAAGAAGGGGUCCUUCCAUGUGACUCAGGCCAUCCUCACCCCCAGAGUCAAGACCAUUGUCAAGGGCCUGGUCAGGGGGCUACGCAACUACCUGGUCGAGAGGUGUGUGUGUUAUUAGUGUUUGUGUGUGCACUGAGCCUAUAGUAUGUAUUCUGAGAGCAGCCAGCAGAGGGCGGUAUACACAGUCAGUCUUGUCAGCUUAUCAGUAGGUCAGACUCCCAGAAGGGUAGAGACCCUAGACACUGACUGAUCUAAGGUCAGUUUGAUCAGUUUGGCGUCUCCCCCUAAUGCUUAAAGGUAGGAUUUGGGGAAGGUAAACUGUAAGGGUAAGGGUUGGUUUGACACUCCAGGUAGUUGCCCUUAGGUACAGAUCUAGGAUUGGUUUACUCUCCAUAAAUCCUCACCUUAACCAUUAAGAGAAGAAUACAGAAAACUGACCAUAGAUGAGUGUCUAGGAGCGACUCUGAAACGGACAUUCCGUGGAGACGGCGGGCUGGGAGGAAGUGGCCUAAUUUUUAGUAUCCGCGGAAACAAGAUGGCUUAUUAUCACAGGAUAAACAUUCCCACUUCCUGGUUUUGUCCCGACGGCUGCAAGGGCUUAGUGGAGGGUUAAGGGCUCUAUCACUGAUACGACCCUAGCCGUUGGGUGUGUGUGUGUGUGCUGCCAUGCGCCCAUAACUAAAACAAUGAGAGCUCCAAACUUAAACAAUGCUUUGGAUACAAUAACUAUAGUCUGAGCUCAGCCUCUACUGAACCUCUGUCUCAGAAACAACAGUUCUUACACUCUCUAACUCACUCACCUUCAUUUCUCCUUCUUUUCUCUCUUCCACUCCCCCUUCCUCCCCACAUCAUCUUCCCCCUCUUCCCCUCCUUCUACUCCUCUCAGGAACCUUCCCAUCAUAUUAACGUGGGUUGAGACCCAGAAACCUGGUGUUAACGGGGUUAACAUCAUCACCUCUGACUUUGUGGAACUGACUGACUUCGCCAACACAGUCAUCAACCUCAACAACCUCCUGCUCAACGAACAGGACCGCACAAAAACCUGACCAACGCCACCAUACAGUCAGAAUGGGUAGACUGGAUAUGAGUCGUUACGAAACCCACUUGGAUCUUUUCACGGUUCGGUUCUACCCAUCAUGGCAGCUGCAUCACUGAUCACAUGACCAGACACUCAGGGACACCUGUGAUAAUGGGACACUCAGACAGACAUCACGUGACCAUCUCAUACACUUAAAGCUCACAUGUCCAGUAUUGACUGAUCAUGGUCAGGAAAAUGUCCAUAGAGCUUCACAUAUUGAGCUUAUAAGUGUAGCAACGUACAGGGGCUGAGACUGUUUAAACAAAUGCACACUGAUUUUUAAACACUAUUCCAAUGGUAGCAGUUUAUAGCUGGGUGUUGACAUGUAGUUAUUAUGAUAACACAUUCAAGAUAGAUCAUAGCAAUGUCAUCUUGAUGUAUAACUAGCAAUGAAAGUCUAGCUACAGCCACUCACACACAGCUGUGUGUGUGUGUGUGAGUGUGUGUGUGUGUGUGUGUGUGUGUGUGUG